AUGUCUACCACAACUGCCCACGAUGAGCACUCCUUUUUUGAGCGAGAGCGUGAAAGGCUUAUUGCCGAUAUUGCAUCCAGUUUUGAGGAAUUACUUUCCAACAGCAAUGUGAUUAAUCGACGCCUUGAAGACCUGGGCGGGACAGGCAAAAGCUUUGACACUGUUGCACAACUUUGGGGGAGCUUCCAUAAUCUCGUCAGGGAGCAAGAGCGUGCAGCUCAGGACGCCGACGUAUUAGCAGGUACUGGUUCCCGACUUGGCGGGCGGACCUCCACAAUGUAG